AGGCACAGAAGCUUGGUCAAGAUACGUUUGCAGAAGAGCCGCAGGAGAAAAAGGUUUCUGAGUACGCCAAAUGGAUGGAGCAAGGUGAAACAUCAACAGCGACUCCGCCAAACCAGGUUUGCAGCGGGACUGUGUGCGUCUCCAGGAAGUUGGUGCCACGCAGGGAAGUGAAACAAAUCCAUGUGAGGAGUGGUGCGUUGAUCGACUUCAUCGAGUUCGCUUUCACGACUGGAGAGCCGCUGAAAAUCGGCGAAGGGAAAGGUGACGAACAAGAGCCUUUCACCUUGGAGCCGGGCGAGGUCAUCACUGAGAUCCACGGUGGGCAAGGUGCUUUGCUGGAUCGAGUGCAAUUCGUCACCAGUUUGGGGCGAACUUCUUCAGCCUAUGGCGGAACAGGGGGAGAAAACUUCACAUUCAAGGUGACAGAAGGGAAGAUGAUUACUGGUUUGGACCGAGCCGUUGGAUUGGCGGGCAAAAUUACUAAUAUCCACGAAUCUCUAUCCAGACCUUUGACGGAAGCCGAAAAAGCGUAUGACGAAGCUACCUUAAAUUUGGAGGCUGCUCGACGAAGUCUUGACGCCAAAGAAGUGGAAUUGGGGAAGUUGCGGCUCAAGAUCGAGGACUCCACUGGAACACAUGCUGCCUACAAGGCUUUGCAGAAAUGCGGUGAGUCAACCGUGGGUGAAUACUCCUACAAGAUUUGCCCCUUUGAAGAUGCCAAGCAGGGACAUGUGAGUUUGGGAAGAUGGAAAGGUUGGGCCAUGGACAAUCCUCACACCGGUCUUUUUGAAGGAGGUGAACGAUGUUUCAGCGGCAUCGUGCGAUCAUUGCGGGUCACCUUUGAGUGUGGAGAAGAUUAUGCAAUUGAGAGUGCUCCUUGGAUUUUGUGUUGCGGAUCUUUUGCUGUGCAGGUCAGCAGCGCUACACUGAUGCAUUUCCACAUAUUUCCAAUCAAUGGCACAGCAAUCGGAUGAUUGAAGUGCCACGUUUCCAAGGUGAAAGAACCAAGUCAGUGUGUUUAUGAAGCAACUAUGACGCAUCCUGCUGCCUGUGACCCCAAAGCUUUUGAAAUCGGUGAAGACAGGGUCUUGGGACCACAUGAAGCUCAUGUGGAACUUUGACAAGAAGCUACAAACAACAUCAAACAACCUAUGUCAUCUAUGUUGGAUGUUUCAUGAGAGGGACCCUCUUUUUUGCUGUCAACAGG